AUGUUGAAUGGUAUAUUUGUUCUAGGAGCUGCUGUUAGGCUCUUGCCGCCGUCGUUUGUGCCUGAUUUGCCCUCCACUGUGUCGUCGGUGGAGGUAGCAACGCCAUUCACAUCGUUCAAUUCGCUCCAAGAGGCCUUCUACUACCUUCAGCACGGUAUAAACCUCUACGACGGAGGUGUGAACCACCAUUCGCCACUUUUGGUUGUAUUUUUGAACUUCUUCAAUGAUCUCCCUUACUCCUACAUCGUUUUCAAUGUACUUUAUACGUUAAUUGAUCUUUGGAUCGCAUACAGGUUGAUCCAGCUUAAUCAGUGGUACUUUAAGACAAGAUCUGCCAAAGUCGGUGCUGAAAAAUCUGAAAAGUCUGAAAGGUCUGAGUCUGGAGAGUCUAAGCAGUCUGCUAAGGACCUUACAGUCUCCAACUUGAUCAAGUCUCCGCUCACUGACAAGCUAAUUGCGUCCUUUUACUUAUUUAAUCCAUUGCUAAUCUUAACCAACUGGUCACAUUCCACAUUACUCUUCACACACAUUUUUCUUGUGGAGUCAAUCUUUCAAGUUGCCGUAGAGCACUCGCUCUCCAGAGGCAUGCUCUUGCUUGCCGUUGCAAGUUACCUCAACUAUACUCCAAUUUUUAUGGUGAUCCCCUUAGUUUCACUCGCCUUGACUGUGACAAAGGGUGACAAGGUCAAGGUUGUGGAGGGUGUCGGUAUCUUCAUCGUGUCAUUGGGAUUGCUCGUUUUGGCUUCUUUCGCAAUGACUUCACUGUGGCAAUUUGUUGAAUCUUGCUGGAUUACUAUCAUACGGUUCGAUCAAAUCUCGCCAAACGUGGGACUUUGGUGGUACUUUUUCACUGAAAUGUUUGCAUUCUUCCACCCGUUUUUCGUUGGCGUCUUCAAUUUGUACUCAGUGAUGUUCAUUUUGCCUAUCACCAUAAGGUUUUCCGAAAAUGACUCCAAGGGAACCAAGAGCAACUACCUUGGAGAUUCCUUCUUGGCAUGCAUUCUCUGUUACACUUGGCUUAUUUUCACCAAGGCCUACCCUACACUUGGAGAUUUGGGGUUGGUUUUGUCGAUAAUCCCUAUCUUCAAGACGUCCUUCUUAUCGUACUGUAAAUUUGGGGGCUUCACGGCUUUGAUUAUGUCAGGAUGUCUCUUGUUAUCACCAAUUUUUUACUACUGUUGGAUUGUAUUGGGAAAUGGGAACUCCAACUUCUUUUACAGUAUCAACUUGACGUGGGGCAUAGUCCAUGGAUUGAUUUUGAUGGAUUUGAUAUGGGGAAAGUUGACAUAUGACUAUAUCAAUGAGAAUGGAGUGCUGAAAGAGUUGCAGAAGAAGUUGAGGUUGACUCAAAUAUAA